GCCCGCCCGCGCUGACAGUUGCUGUCCUCUCAGCCCGCCCACGCUGUCAAUUGCUCUUCCCCCCAGCCAGCCCACGCUGUCAAUUGCUCUCCCCCCAGCACGCCCACCCACACUGUCAGUUGCUCUCACCCCAGCCCGCCCGUCCGCGCUGUCAGUGGCUCUUCCUCUCCUGCCUGAGCCUGAGGAGAAGCUGCUGCUGCAGUGCUGUGCCCCCCUCCCUCCCGAGCUGUCUUCCUACGGGGCAUUGGGUGGGCUGCCUGCGGCUUGAACCAGAGCAUAAUGAAAAGGCUGCCUGCAUGCUGACCCUGGGCGCUGCCGCAAGCACCAAGAGACCUGCGCAACGCUCAACAAUGAGCCAGGAGCGUAGAUCUGCCGAGUUUGCAUCUGAGCAGACAACGCGCACCACGGCCUUGCCGGAGCCCCACCAAAAUGGAACGGAUAUAUCAACCAAACACAAUGUCUUCUCGGACAUGAAGGACAAAUUUAUGAAUGAACUGAGCAAACUACCAAUUCCUCCAUGGGCUCUGGCUACCAUUCUGAUUGUGGCUGGACUGCUCCUACUAUGCUGCUGUUUCUGCAUCUGUAAGAAAUGCUGCGGAAAGAAGAAGAAAGGCAAGAAAGGCAAAGAUAAGGUCAAGGCCCAAAUCAACAUGAAGGAGGUGAAGGACUUGGGGAAGAGUUACAUUGAUAAGGUGCAACCAGACGUGGAAGACCUUGAUCCCUCUCUUCUAGGGGAUGAAAAAGAAGAUAAACCUCAAGAGAAGUUGGGGAAGCUGCAGUAUUCCCUGGACUAUGAUUUCCAAACAGGACAGCUGGUCGUUGGAAUUAUACAAGCUGCAGAUCUACCAGCAUUAGACAUCGGAGGGACUUCCGAUCCAUAUGUCAAAGUAUUUCUCCUACCUGACAAAAAGAAGAAGUAUGAAACAAAAGUUCAUCGCAAGACUCUUAACCCAACCUUCAAUGAGUCCUUCACUUUUAAGAUUCCCUAUGCAGAGCUUGGAGGGAAGACAUUAGUGAUGUCGGUGUAUGAUUUUGACCGAUUUUCUAAACAUGACGCCAUUGGAGAAGCCCGUGUCCACAUGAACACUGUAGACCUGGCUCAUGUCAUUGAGGAGUGGCAGGACCUUCAGUCUGCUGAAAAAGAAGAGCAAGAGAAGUUAGGGGACAUCUGCUUCUCUCUGCGAUAUGUGCCCACAGCAGGGAAGCUCACUGUGAUAGUGCUGGAGGCCAAAAAUCUGAAGAAGAUGGAUGUAGGAGGACUGUCAGAUCCAUACGUUAAGAUUCAUCUGAUGCAGAAUGGCAAGAGACUCAAGAAGAAGAAGACCACAAUUAAGAAAAACACCCUGAAUCCCUAUUACAAUGAGUCAUUCAGCUUUGAAGUUCCAUUUGAGCAAAUCCAGAAAGUGCAAGUGGUUCUUACAGUACUCGAUUAUGACAAGUUGGGCAAGAAUGAAGCUAUUGGAAAGAUCUUUGUUGGCUGCAAUGCUACAGGGACUGAGCUGCGUCACUGGUCUGAUAUGUUAGCUAACCCCAGAAGGCCCAUCGCUCAGUGGCACACUCUACAGCCAGAGGAGGAACUGGAUGCUUCUCUUGGAAUGAAGACCUCAUGAUGUCACUUCCUUUGUGUGAAUGAGUGUGAGUGUAUGUGGGCACUUGGAGGCACUUGUGUGAACAAGCACUGCUCCAUGUGCCGCUGUGUGUAUAUACUUGUUCAAAGCUGUAACUGUACAAUAGCUUUGAGAAACCUCCUGUUUCGUGGUUAUUUGUAAAUUACUAAAAUAUUUAUAUGACUUGGCCAAGAGGCAGUAUCCUUUUUCAAAUUCUCAGCUGGUUUAGUAUGAAUACUAAAAUACUUUUUCUGAUAGGUUAUAAAACUUAGAAGAAGUCCUGUAUGCACUUUUACAACUAAUAAAUAAUGAGUUUUAGAUACAAUAUUUAUAGUUUUGUCCUAUACAGCAUUAGAAACUUUGCCUUAAAAUCUUUUAGGUGAAGUAAACUUUAAAUAGAGAAAGUUUGUUGUUUUUAGAGUGAUUUGUAUAGAAUGAUUAAGGAUGACAGCACUGACACAUCUGCUGUAAGGAUUAUGGUCAUUCUAACAGAUAUUUUGUAAGAAGAAAAUGUGCUCUCUAUUGCAGUGCAGCCAAGUUAUUGGGAAAUUAUGGCUACAAUUAAACAGCUUUCCCAAAAGUGAAUUGGUAACAUAUAGUUGCACUUGCACUAGCUGGACUCACUUGGCGACAUGUACGCCACCCGAGUUCGGCGGCCGUGCAGGAUGGCGGCUGAACUCAGACGUUUUUUUAAAGGGGCAAUCACUUAUGAGGCAUGGUUUUGCCUUGUAAGUGAUUGCUCCUUUAAAAAAAGUCAGAGUUCGGCCGGCAUCCCGCAUGGCAGCCGAAGUCCUGCGGCAUUACAUCCCGCCCCAUAUUGUUGAACUUUUACUCAGAAUGUACCCUGCAAAAUACAGAGCAAAAUCAAUUUCUUGAUGGAAAAUGCACAUUUUUGACUCAUUAUCAUGCAUACAACUAUACUAGUAAUUUUAAAAUCUAAAAAUGAUUUUUAAACAUGUGGGUUAUAAAAUAUAGAAAGUAGACUUGGUAAAUGCCCGUGUAUAUUAUAGGACAGUGCUCCUCAAUUCCAUUCCUCAAGUGUCCACAAUAAGUCAUGUUGUCUGGCUUUCUUUAAUCAUGCAGAGGUGAAUAAAUAUAUAGUAUUUUGCUGGAUCAGUAAUUAUCUCACCUAUCUCCUAGUUAGUGAACAGGUGCAUUCAUUAUUGGCUGAUGCAUUUUUAAAGAUCCACAGGUGGUGCUAAUUAUUUCAUUUUUGAAACUGAGGAGACCUGAUCAAUUUGCACUGUUAAGGGUCUUGAUUACUGGAGAUGCGAAACACUGCUCUAGACCAGUGGUCCUCAACCCUCCAGUACCCCCAACUGGUCAUGUUUUGAGGAUUUCUGUCUGUGAAGGCAAGUGGGAUUAUUACUGACCCAGCAAAAUCACCUGUGCAUUUAGGACUGAAGAUGAGAUCCCCUGAUCUAGACCAACACAGUUGAAACACCAGUAAAGUUCCAUAACAAUUGAUUCAAGUAAUUUAUGGUAGAUCCCUAUGAUCCUCAACUGCAAAGUGAUCAUGUUGAAUAAAUUAAUGAACAUUAGUAAUAAGAUUUUAAUAUUAAAUAUUUUAUUUUAAUAGUUUGCAUACAUACUGAAUCCUGCUACAGUUUUAUGCAUAUAAAAUAAUAUGUUUAACAAGGCAAAAUUAUGGAAAUCAAAAUGAACAAUACUAUUAAGUUAACACUGAUGCGUGGGUCCCAGAUUUGAUUCUUUAUCUAAGCAAAACCAUGGGUGUAAGUAAUGCUAGCCUAAAGGAGGCAUAUUUCAUUUGUUGCCUGUUCAAUUUGUGCCCUCCGUCUUAUUUGCAUAGACUGAUACUGGCAUUAGGGAAGAGGUCCCCAAAUGCAAUCCUCAAGGUACCCUAACAGUCCAGGUUUUAAGUAUAUCCAUGAUUGGCCACAGGUGACUUAAUUAGUACCUCAGUCAAUUUGAUUUUACCAUCUGUGCUGAGCCAUGGAUAGCCUUAAAGCCUGGACCAUUGGGGUGCCUUGAGGACCCUGUUUGGGAACCUCUGCAUUAGGGGAUUGUCAGAUUGUGUUUGGGCUGUGUCCCCGGAGGGGGCGCUAGUGGGUCAGUGGAGGUAGAUGGGAGAAAACGAGGAGGCUGGAUAACGUUCCUGCGCAUGAGCGCAAUGGUAUUUUAUUUGGCAGAUGAUAUAACACAGAAUGGUAGCAGAAACAAUAAUAACAGAUGAAUAAAGUCAAUCACUCAGUAUGAUAACUGAAAGUCUAUGGCAAUGGAUGACAGAUGACUUGAGAAAAUAAUAUCCGGUAAUAU